AUACGGUUGUACAUUGUAUUGUUGUGACAAGCGAAGUGAAGCACCCAGUGAUUGCGCCUAAGAUAUAUUUUGCACUCGAUUUAGCCAGAUUCCGCUUUCGCGCAUGAUUGUACAAUUAAUAAUUACAUUCAAAACAAGUGCAUACACUAUAGAAAAUGGGGAGAAACUGUUUUCUGUGUGGACGAAAACCAUCCUCCGAAAAAAGCUUAUCUUUGCACAAAUUUCCGAAAGAAGAGGCUCAAUGCGAAAAAUGGAGAGAGGCUUGCAAGCUAACAAAGGUAGAUGAUGUGUCAAGAAUCCAUAUUUGCUCACUGCAUUUUGCGAAGGAUGAUUUGCAAGUCUUCACCGUUAGAGGAAUACCAAAAGCUGAACGGGUCCGUAAAGCAGUUCCUUCGAUUUUACUCCCCAAAAAACCGUUUGCGCCAAUUGUGAUUCCCACACAAAAAUGUGAUGCCAAUCAGGUAAAAGAAAAUAUUCUCACAAGGAUUACUGAUUCUGCUGCUGCGUCGAACGAGACAAUUUCCGAAAAUGAUUCGCUUCGAAAGUCACCUGAAUCCAAUAGACAAUUAAAAAGUACAACCAUACGCUUAUUAAAUCCUAAAAAGCCUCUUAUAUCAGCUGUCGUGAACGGGAGCUCAGUGAAUCCUACAAUAAUUUCUGAUAAUGAAACUCUGAAUAAUGAUUCGAUGGAUUCACAAAUAGAUUCUCAAGAAAAAGAGACAGAACACAAUUAUUCUAAGCCCAUUAUCACGGAAAUUGUGGAGGAGGAAAGUUAUGAUCAAUGCCAACCAACUGAAUUUUCAGAUUGUGGUAUUGAACCUAUUUUAGAUGAUUCGCGUUCUUCACCUUUUGAGGAAUUUUCACCGACAGCUGUUGAAACGACUGAUAUCUAUGAAACUCCACCGAACACAAAAAAGCGUCGAUGUUUUGAUCCACGAUUUGUCUCGGAAAUUGCAGAGAGUGAUCUUUCGACGCCUAGUGGACGUCGUCGAACAUUACUAAUGAUUAAGGAGAUUGAUCGUAAGAAAAGUCUUAGAAUAAGAAAGUUGAUGGCUCGUACAAGGUAUAUGCAAAAGCGUAUUGAGACUUUAGAAGAUAUGCUCGAAAGCUAUUUAACUCAAGGAUAAUGAAACUAGAUUUUCGUAUUAAAUCAAUAACUUUUUAUUUUUUAAUAUCACACGGAAAGCAUUCCUUUCUGUCGAAAAUUCGGAAUUUCGAUUACUUUUUCAUGAUUUAUUUCAGAAAAAAUUAGCCUCUAGUCUUAGGUGCAAUUGAUUUGAAGAAAAAAAAAAUCUUAUUAAAUGUUUCUUUUUGAAAACUUAUUUUUGCAGAAGACUUGCGAAUUUUUUUUUUAUUUGCAGAUCAAAGAGUUCUCUUAAAAAAAGUCAAAGGUUUUUAAAAAGUCCUUUGAGAGACGAAAAUAUACUGUUAUUAUUUUAUGGGGUUAAAUUCCUAUAAAUUAUAGGUGAAUUUUGCCCAAAAAAGAGGUAAAAACUAGAAUAUUAUUUUCUAAGUGGAGUUGUAAUGUGCGAAAUUUGUAGAAAUGAACGGUUAGUAAUUCGCCAAUAUUCGCACAUAUUGUUUAAAGAAAAAUAUAUCAAAGCCGUAUUCUGUGAUAAAAUUUUUGCACAUUUAGGUGCUUCAUUUGAUAAUGAAAUAAUGGCAUCUCACAUUCUUAAUCAUUAAAGUUUUUGAGAACCAUCGGUAUUGUAAACGUUGAUAAUAAUUAAACAGUUUGCACAAAAAA